GGAGAGCGCAGGGAGAGUCCUUGGCCAUGGGGUCCCAGCGGGAUGGGAGUUCCGGGGGCCUCGUAUCCACGUGCCUCAGCUUUUCCUCACAGGGCGCAGAAGGGGCCAAGGCUGAGUCGAAGGUGGAUAAGGAAUCUGAGGCUGAGCGGGCCAAGGCCAAUGCAGCGCUAUGGGAAGCUCGGCUAGAGGUGACCGAGAUCUCCCGGGCCGAGUAUCGCAAGGCCACACGUGUGCUGGCCAGGAACAAUGAGGAGCUGGCAUGGCAGCAGCACCUGGAGAAGGACACAGUCGAGGUGAUCAGCUUUCAAAAACAGGAUGUGGAGAAAGAAGAGCAGAUUGCAAAACUGAAGCAACAGCUGGCCGAUUUGAAGCAGCAGGCCCAAGAAGAGAAUGAGAAUAGUGGUGAUGCAGAACAUUAUUCUGCGCAGUGGAAAGAUAUGGAGGAGAAAUUCAGCAAAAAAGCAAGAGAAAUUGGCUUAAUUCAGUUGGAACUGAAACAGUAAAAGAAUUUGCAAGAAGAAGCACACAUGGAGAUGGAACUGGAAGAUGUAAAUAAAGAGAAUAUGAGAAUCUCAAACAGGGAACAUCAGGAGACUCUUAGACGGCUGGAGAACAGGUUCAUUGAAGAAAAGCAACUACUAGAAAGAGAGGCUGAGAAGAUAGUAAUGCUGGCAGAGAGAGCCCACCAUGAUGCCAUUGUGCAGUUAGACAGCACUGGGAGAGCAGUGUUUAAGGAGAAUGUUCGUCUUCAAGAGGCUCUUUCUUAUCACCUGAAGGAGGCAGAGGAGCUAAAAAAAAUCAAGAAGCAGCUAGAAGAGGACAAAGCUUUUCUUCUGCAGGAGAAGGAAACCAAUGAGAGUUUGGUUCAGGAAAAGGUCGGCAAGUCACUCUGCAAAAAGCACAGAUAACAAGCACUGCAGCACAAGGUAGAGAGACUGGAGGUGGCACUAGGUCACAUGACCCAAGAAUUUGAAACAGAAAUUCAGAAGACACGGCAUCGGGCUUUAGUUCAAAACCAGGCAGGCAUGGUAGAGAUCAACAAGCUCCAGCAGCUGCUGGAGAUGAAGGAUCGGGAGAUGAAUCGAGUGAAGAAACUGGCCAAGAACAUCCUGGAUGAGAGGAGUGAGGUGGAAAGUUUCUUCCUAGAAGCUCUGGAACAGGUGAAGCGUGAGAUCGUGUCCAGCAGGAAGUGCUACAAGCAGGUGGCCCAAGCUGCCUAUCAGAAGAAAAUGAUGGAGGCAUUUGGGAAGGAAGAGUACCCCAAAAUCAGAACAUUUAACAGCAAUGCCCACAGCACAAAUAGUAUGUACAAGGACCUGCAGGAGGCAGAGAAAUGGACAAAUAUCCAGCAAGGGAAGGUGGAUAUUGGCCAGUUGACAUGGGAGCAGAAGGAAUGUGUUCUGAGGUUACUCUUUGCAAGAAUGAAUGGCCUGGAGCUACGGAAACGCAAACAUGUUUUGAUCCCUUCAGCUCCAGCUGCUGUUACUCCUACUUCUGGAGAAAGAAACAAAGCUAGCACUGAAAACAUUGCUCCCAGCCUGACCUUCAUCACGCAGCAGGUCCCAGUAUCGGAGCCCUCUCCUUAAGAAGCAAUCCUUCCAGAUAUUGAGAUGGUAAUGUCACAGACAGUAGAGUAAGGUGGCUGUAGACUCUGACUGAACAAGACGCAAGGUAAUGAUGGUUACUGUCUCAUAUGCACCUUUUCUUCUGGGACUCUUGUGUAAGUGGAAUGAUGCGACAGCUGUGAAAUCAUUAAUAUCCCCAUUUUAUUGUGGUAUUAGUUUGGCUUUCAUUUGAAACCAGCCUGAAAGGGGACUGUAAAUUAAUUUUAUAUACACGUUUAAGGUUGUCUUCUAAAAUAAAAACAUCUUUUAUUCUU